UGUAUUUUGUUACCGACUUGUAAAAAUAUUAUAAUAAUUUUAAUAAUGUUUUCGUUCGUCGGUUUUGUGCCUCAAAGAAAUAACGAUUUACGUUUGCAAAGAAGAGAAUUGCGCGACAAUUCAAAUCCGAUGGAACUCCCAGAUUCAGAGUUCCGCCGAAAUUUUCGGGUGUGUAAGGAAGUUUUUCAGGAUAUCCUUCAUAUGGUAGCCCCUCAUUUUUCUAAAACGUACCGCCAAACCGCAAUCCACCCAACGCUUAAGGUAGCAAUUUUUCUUAAGUUUUUGGCGACGGGCAGCUAUCAAAGGCCAGUAGGAAAUGACUUCCUUGGGUGUGUCUCUCAAUCCACAUUUUGUAGAAUCUUGGACGAAUGUUUGUCAGUUUUUAGUAGCUCAUAUUGCCCUAAACAAAUAUGUUUCAAAAUGUCACAAUCUGAGGAACAAAAUACAAAAAGACGAAUUCAUGAAAAAUUUAAUUUUCCUGGAGUUAUAGCAUUUGUCGAUGGGACACAUAUCAGGAUAAAAUGCCCAAGUAGUAGUGAUAACUAUUCCGCAAACAAUUGGCAAAUAAAUCCGGAGUCAUAUUAAAAUAGGAAAGGAUAUCACAGCAUA